UCACAUCCUCUUUUAUUUAGGACAUCUAUGGCGUAGACAGGCCUCGAAAGUACAAGACUAAGGCCUUCGUUUACGUUAACUUUGGGUUAGGCGAAGACCAUAGGGUCUGCGGCGAAGGAAAGAGAGGAGGGGCUCAUCUUUCUGUUGAUACUUCAUCUUCGAAAGGUUAGGGUUGCGUCGAGGAAAGGCUGCCUACCAGAGCAUACCUCUACCUGAGCGUAGAUGUGACAAAUUGGCAUUAAAUAGGUGACAGCCCUCCUGUGUAAUUUGUUUACUUGCAUCUGUAAUGGAAAACUCUGCUGAAGACUACCGGAUCCAGUCAUUUGACCUGGACACGCAGAGGUUACUAAAAACAGCCUUGAAAGAUCCAUCUCUGGUGAACCUGGAGAAAGUAUCCAACAUCAUUGUGGAUCAGUCUUUGAAGGACCCCGUGUUCAGCAAAGAGGCUGGGCGUAUUUGCUACACUAUAGUGCAGGCUGAAGCCAAGCAGAGCAAUGGAAACGUGUUCAGGAGACACUUGUUGAACCGACUCCAGCAGGAGUUCAAAGAACGCGAGGAGAUGAGGGCACGCUCUCUGCAGGAGUGGGUGUGCUAUGUCACGUUCAUCUGCAACAUCUUCGACUACCUCAAAGUGAACAACAUGCCGAUGGUGGCCCUGGUUCAUCCUGUGUAUGACUGCCUGAUGAGGUUGGCCAAACCAGACGCUCUAAUGAAUGAGGAUGAGGUGGACUGUCUGGUGGUGCAGCUGCAUCGCAUCGGAGAGCAGCUGGAGAAGGCGGACAACCAGCGGAUGAAUGACCUGUUCUUCCUGCUGCGGGACGGCUUUCUGCUCCAGGAGGGCCUCUCGUCCAUGGCCCGUCUGCUACUGCUGGAGAUCCUGGAAUUCAGGGCCGGAGGUUGGAUGCUCAGCAGCACCGCUCACAAGUACUACUACAGUGAAAUAGCUGACUAGGACUCAAGGAGCAGGGCGCUAAGCACUAGAGCCUUCAAGCACCUUGGACACUACUCAAGCACCACUGAUUACAAAACCAGCUUUUUGAGGAUAGAUAGCAAUAUCUUCCAAGCAAUCUGAGGAGGAGUUUGAGAAGAUGGUGAUUUCUCUAAAAAGACUAAUACAAUGUUCCUGACGCGUGCUGUGGAAUGUGCAAUAGGUCACGCGGAGCUGAAGUUGAGUUAACGAGGUUUGACCACAUUCAGGUUCACUUUGUUUCAAAGACGUUUGUGUUCAGGUUUGAUACAGCUAGAGGAGCUGAGGCAACUUUUUUUUGUUUUGUUUUUUACAUUUUUAAUCAUUCUAGCAUUCCUGUUUUGAGAGAAUAUUGCAACCUUAGUUUACCAAAUCCAAAUAACAUUCCAGUCAGAUGAAACCUGAUUUAAUUAUUUUGAUAUUUUAGUGUAAACUUUAAAUUUUGAAAAGGUUUUAAAUUGCGAUGGGAAGAGUUUCUGCUUACUUUGUCCUGUAAAACUCCUGUUAGUGAUCAGUUUGGCAGAGUCUUAAUUCAGGGAUUUAUUUUAUUUUUUGUUUCUAACAGCAGACAGAGCGAUUGGUUAAACCGCUUUUCUGCAGAAACAACAGAUUCCUUAAUAUAAAAUAUUUGUUAAACAAGCUGUGCCGAUGUAACUUGAAUACCAUCACAUGGUACCAACGACUCCAUAAAGACUGACAUGUUUAUUUUUACCUUAAGAGGCAGAGGGAUCUGUUUUCUUCUACUUUAUCGGAGCUCCUUUUGCAGGUCAGUUAUGAUUGCAAAGCUCAUAAAAAAGUGUUUUUUCAAAACGAUUUAACUUCUCUUUACACCAGCAACACUACGUUUGAUAGUCCACUAUGGCUUUCAGGAGUUUGCUCAGGCACAGGUGCCGUGCUGUUAAAAUAUUACAUCUUUCAAAUGUGGUUGUUUUCAUAACCACAAUCUGUAGAAUGUAUGUUGAAAUUUGACUUUAAGGCAGUCUGACAAUGAUAAAAACAAAGAAGUUAAUUAAAAGCCGUUCACAGAUGCACUUAAGUAUUUUGUCUCCUAAAAUCAUUUUCUUUGUUAGUGUAGGGAGAUUUAAAUUUCAGCUGUUGCGUGUUUUUUUUUCUUGCAGAUUCUUGGGUCAAAUGAACAAAACCAAGAAAAAAAUACAUUUGUGUGUUAAACUGCAAUGAGUCAAAGAAGGACUUAACCAAAUCCCUAAAUGACUCCACAGACCUGACUCUAACAUGAAUCUAUUUUUUACUACACGUUCCAUUUUUUCUUUUUUAUAAUUGGGUUGUGCAUUAAAUGAAAGUUUGUUCUAAUAAA